GGAGCUGUAGCGCGAAGUUCCUUGCUGAGACCUCAAUGAUGAGCAAUAGCGCCUGCAUCGCCUUUUGCAUCGGUACCACAUGGCAGAUUCAGGACUCGGUUCCUUUGAGAGUUCUAACCUGGCAUCGUUGGAUGCAGUCGAGGAUUUGUUUGACCUUCCUUUGGACGAUUUGAAUGGCCAAACGGAAAACAGCAAAAUAUCUUCUGAAGCAUUACUACAACCUUCUAAGGUUUUUUCACAAAAAUGGUUAUCACAGUUGCAAAAACAAUGGCCUGAUUCAGCAAACUAUGAUGACUUAAAUGGCUAUCCUCGGACAAUGUCUCGUUUGGAAAUUCAACUCAUUCGUCAAGGAUUAGAUGGUCAUGUCAUUGGAUACCGUGAGAUUUCUAACGCAAAUGAUGAACUUAAUGCAACAAACUCUUCAAGUUUAAACCGUCGUCCAGCCGCCAAAGCUGACUUUGUUAGAGGUAAAACAAGUCAUAUACCUUUCCAUCCUGGUGGACUGGCACCCUCUACUUCAGACGUUGAUGAACCUAAUGCGGAGCAGAAGGUUGCCAUGGCUCUUCGGGGAGCAGAUGGUCUUUAUCAAGUACCGCCCGGCUUCUCACACGGCCUUCCAAUUUCAGAAAACUGGGACACUGAAAGCAUUCGUCCACUUAAUAGGAUAUACACUACUUUAAAUGAGCUGCAAGAACAAAUUCAAGCGGUUACUUCUAAGCACACCGAAAUUGACGAUCUUCUUCCAGAGAAAAAGCAGUUGGCAGACUUGCCUGUUUCUCGUGAUAUGAUACCUCGAAAAGAGUAUGCUCAUGUAGUAGACAGCAAAUCGACUAUGGAAAACUUCCAUCAACUUGUUCCCGAAAUGGCUAUUGAGUAUCCUUUUGAACUCGACAAUUUUCAGAAGGAAGCAGUUUAUCACCUAGAAAUGGGUGAUUCAGUUUUCGUCGCCGCUCACACGAGUGCCGGUAAAACUGUCGUUGCUGAAUAUGCCAUUGCUUUGGCCCAAAAACAUAUGACUCGUGCCAUUUACACAUCACCUAUUAAAGCCUUGUCAAAUCAAAAAUUUCGGGAUUUCAAAACAAAAUUUGAAGAUGUCGGUAUCUUGACAGGUGAUGUUCAGGUGAAUCCCGAUGCAUCCUGUCUAAUCAUGACGACUGAGAUUCUUCGAAGCAUGCUUUAUCGUGGCUCCGAUUUAAUUCGCGAUGUCGAGUUUGUUAUUUUCGAUGAAGUUCACUACGUCAACGAUUUAGAGAGAGGUGUCGUUUGGGAGGAAGUUAUUAUUAUGUUACCAGCUCAUGUCACACUUAUUUUGCUGUCUGCAACAGUUCCUAACACAAAAGAGUUUGCAUCUUGGGUUGGUCGUACUAAGAAGAAAAACAUCUACGUUAUAUCGACUUCUAAGCGGCCAGUUCCUUUAGAGCAUUACCUUUACGUCAAUCAGAACAUGUAUAAAAUUGUGGACCAAAAUAACAGAUUCUUGAGUGAUGGAUACAAAGAAGCUUCGUUAGCUUUGAAGGGUCCGGAGAAGGUCAUUCCGCCGGCACAGAAGAAUCAAAAUGGAACAAGAGGUCGUGGUAAUCCCCGUGGACGUGGCAACCAAAGAGGACGCGGUUCCCAAGUUAAUCUAAUGCGUGGCAGAGGUAAUGUUCGCGCUGGUGAACGGAGAGAUGUCAACGUAUGGGUACAUUUAGUCGGUCACCUCCAGAAACAAAAUCUUCUCCCCGUCAUUGUGUUUGUAUUUUCGAAAAAACGUUGCGAGGAGUAUGUUGACACGCUUGCCAAUCGUACCUUAAAUACACAAAAAGAGAAGAGUGAAGUUCAUAUUGUGAUCGAAAAAGCCAUUGCAAGACUCAAAAAGGAAGAUCGAAAUCUUCCUCAGAUCGGCCGCAUGCGCGACAUGCUGUCUCGGGGUUUAGCUGUUCACCAUGGCGGUUUGCUCCCAAUUGUCAAGGAAAUUGUCGAGUUGCUAUUCCAGAGGGGACUUGUUAAAGUUCUGUUUGCGACGGAAACUUUCGCUAUGGGUGUUAACAUGCCUGCAAAAUCUGUCGUCUUUUCCGGCACACAGAAGCAUGAUGGUCGAAGCUUUCGCGAUUUGUUACCUGGUGAAUAUACACAGUGCUCUGGACGUGCUGGCCGUCGUGGUCUUGAUUCCACGGGCACAGUAAUUAUUUUAGUGCGCAGUGAUAUCCCCGAUACCGCUUCCCUUCAUCAUAUGAUACUAGGAACUCCUACUAAACUUGUGAGUCAGUUCAGACUGACUUACAAUAUGGUUUUGAACUUGCUCCGCGUUGAGACACUUCGUAUUGAAGAUAUGAUUAAGCGAAGCUUCAGUGAAAACGCCAGCCAAAUGUUAUUACCACAGCAUGAAAAAGAGAUUGUAUCGUUUGAAGACAAACUCGAAACAAUACGUAGUCAGAUGCGUGGUAUGCAUACUUUGAUCGGCGAGUUUCUUGAACGUUGUUUGCGCAUAAAGGAGUAUGUACAAAUUAUGCAUCAACGGGCUAUACGUACGCCAAAUGGUCGGCGACUUUUCAAAGAGGGACGCGUUGUUGUUUUCCAACACGCGAAUGCCACUCGAAGUGUUGCCGUCUUAUUGGGUUCAGCAUUGACUACGUCUUCGGAUGAUUGUUCUUUGGAAGCUGCAUUCUUAUCCCCUAUCGAUGACCAGAAAAGACCAAGUGAUCUCUUACCCUUCACUUCUUGUCUGCAACCAUUCAUCGAUGCCACGGUUCUCCAGGAUUGGUCACGCUUCCGUUACGGUUAUAUCACCCUUUCAACAAUUGAACGUGUCUGUGAUACUUUAGUUAAGGUGGAUUGUAACGGUGUGCGUGAUCGCAGAGAGAACGCUUUCAAAAAGCUUGCUGCUCAAUUUGCAAGUGUUCAUGACUUUGGUAACUCAAUAUUCGAUGAGAUUGUGUGGACUAAGGUUAAGGAGUUCAGCUUCAAGGAAGCAGAAGAAAAGCGCCAUCACGAAGAAAUGGUGAUCGCGACAUCACCGUGUCUUGAAGAGGUCAAUUUUACAACGCAGUUUGCUCUUUGUUACCAAGAGCAUCAAUUGAAUGUAACAAUUGAGAAUUUGAGAUUACAAAUUUCUGAUCAAAAUCUCGAGUUGCUACCUGACUAUGAACAGAGAAUUCGCGUCUUAGAAGAACUGGGUUACAUUGAUUCUAAACGUACAGUUCAGUUGAAGGGUCGCGUUGCUUGCGAAAUUAAUUCUGCGAACGAGCUUAUCCUUACAGAGCUUAUUCUUGAAAAUACGCUGGCUGAGUUCACCUGUGAAGAAAUUGUCGCCUUAUUGUCUGCAUUUGUCUUUAGUGAAAAGACCGAAGUCGAACCGACUAUUUCUGCACACUUGGCAAAAGGCAAAGCAAUGAUUCUUAGCGUUGCAGAUCGCGUCAACAGUAUUCAAGAAAAGCACCAAGUGCUUUACUUCAAUGAGGGUAAUGACUUUGAAUCUCAGCCUCGUUUUGGUCUUAUGGAAGUUUGUUAUGAAUGGGCCAGAGGCAUGUCUUUCCAACGGAUAACGGAUUUGACUGAUGUUUUAGAGGGUUCUAUUGUUCGAACAAUUAUUCGACUAGAUGAGGUUCUUCGCGAAUGUCGUGGGGCUGCCAGGGUUGUUGGUGAUGCAUCAAUGUACGCAAAAAUGGAAGAGUGUCAAAAUUUAAUCCGCAGAAACAUUGUCUUUUGUCCUUCGUUAUAUAUGUAACUUAAUGAAUGAAUUCAUUACGAAUCUA